AUGAGAGACAGAGGGGAGAAGCAAACUGGCAGACAGAGUGAGGGGGGAGGAGGAGGUGGAGAGGAGGUGGAGAGGGGGGUGGAGGAGGUGGAGAGGGGGGUGGAGGAGGUGGAGAGGGGGGUGGAGGAGGUGGAGAGGGGGGUGGAGGAGGUGGAGAGGGGGGUGGAGGAGGUGGAGAGGGGGGUGGAGGAGGUGGAGAGGGGGGUGGAGGAGGUGGAGAGGGGGGUGGAGGAGGUGGAGAGGGGGGUGGAGGAGGUGGAGAGGGGGGUGGAGGAGGUGGAGAGGGGGGUGGAGGAGGUGGAGAGGGGGUUGGAGGAGGUGGAGAGGGGGGUGGAGGAGGUGGAGAGGGGGGUGGAGGAGGUGGAGAGGGGGGUGGAGGAGGUGGAGAGGGGGGUGGAGGAGGUGGAGAGGGGGGUGGAGGAGGUGGAGAGGGGGGUGGAGGAGGUGGAGAGGGGGGUGGAGGAGGUGGAGAGGGGGGUGGAGGAGGUGGAGAGGGGGGUGGAGGAGGUGGAGAGGGGGGUGGAGGAGGUGGAGAGGGGGGUGGAGGAGGUGGAGAGGGGGGUGGAGGAGGUGGAGAGGGGGGUGGAGGAGGUGGAGAGGGGGGUGGAGGAGGUGGAGAGGGGGGUGGAGGAGGUGGAGAGGGGGGUGGAGGAGGUGGAGAGGGGGGUGGAGGAGGUGGAGAGGGGGGUGGAGGAGGUGGAGAGGGGGGUGGAGGAGGUGGAGAGGGGGGUGGAGGAGGUGGAGAGGGGGGUGGAGGAGGUGGAGAGGGGGGUGGAGGAGGUGGAGAGGGGGGUGGAGGAGGUGGAGAGGGGGGUGGAGGAGGUGGAGAGGGGGGUGGAGGAGGUGGAGAGGGGGGUGGAGGAGGUGGAGAGGGGGGUGGAGGAGGUGGAGAGGGGGGUGGAGGAGGUGGAGAGGGGGGUGGAGGAGGUGGAGAGGGGGGUGGAGGAGGUGGAGAGGGGGGUGGGGAAGAAGGUGACGGACAGGGAGAGGGUAAGGAGGACAUGCAGAGAAAGAGAGUGGGGAGGAGAAGAUGAACACUGA